UGUCUACGAGGCGUCGCGGCAGUCGCAUAUCGUAGAUAUCUAUUGUCAAAUAAAAAUAGUUUAGUACAUCAUAAUACAACGUUGUGACGAAGUGUAUAUGUAUGUUCUUUAAAUGCUUUAUAAGUUUACAAAUUAAAUUUUUGCUAUGUCAAAAGCAAAAGUAUCUGCAGAAUGGAAAAAACGAGUGAAAUCAGAAUAUAUGCGUUUACGACAAAUGAAACGUUACAAACGAGCAGAUGAGGUAAAAGUAGCUUGGAAUCAAAAUCGUAAGGUUAUGUCUGAACUUUUAAUGUCUGAACAAAAAAGAUGGGCAGAUGGAAAAGCAAUGUGGCUUGCAAUGCAAGACAUACCACCGCAUGUAUCUUGUAUGAAAAAGGCUGAAGUAACUAGUUCUGAUAAUGAGAUACAAACCUGUCCUGUUAAAAUUAUUAAUGCAGUUACUCCUAUACCAACCAUGUAUACUUGGGCACCAAUACAACAAAACUUUAUGGUUGAAGAUGAAACUGUGUUGCAUAAUAUACCUUAUAUGGGAGAUGAAAUUUUAGAUCAAGAUGGUACAUUUAUCGAAGAAUUGAUAAAAAAUUAUGAUGGAAAAGUACAUGGAGACAGAGAAUCAGGUUUCAUGGAUGAUUCAAUUUUUGUGGAUCUAGUAAAUGCUUUGAUGCAAUAUGAAAAAGAAGAUAAAGAUAAAGAACAAAUUAAAAAGGGAAAAGAUAAAGAAGAUGAUAGAAUUAAAAUAGAAGCUAAAACUGAAAAAUUAUUAGAAGAAGUUAAAACUGAUAAAAAUCCAUUUCCAUCUAUGCACAUAUUUAAUGCAAUAUCAAGUAUGUUUCCAGACAAAGGUAGACCAGAAGAAUUGAAGGAGAAAUAUAUAGAAUUAACAGAAAAAUCAGAUCCAAAUAUUUUACCACCAGAAUGUACACCAAAUAUUGAUGGAGUAAAUGCAAAAAGUGUAGCUAGAGAACAAACAAUGCAUUCUUUUCAUACAUUAUUUUGCAGAAGAUGUUUUAAGUACGACUGUUUUCUCCAUCCAGCCAGGGGAGCGUCGCCGUCAGGUCUUCAAGUUUGUCAUCCAGGACCAAAUUUACAAAAACGAAAGGGGCCUGAUUUAAAACCUUUUGCUGAACCAUGCGGAACAGAAUGUUAUAUGCACUUGGAAGGAAUGAAGGAAAAACUUGCCGCACAAGCGGCUGAUAUAAAGGACGAAGAAAGUGAUGAAAAGCGUGGAGGACCUAGAAAGGUGCGAAAACAAGCAAGUGUAGAUUCUGGAAAUGAAGCAAGUAGCGAAGAUAGCAAUGAUAGCAAUAAGUAUAGUCAAGGAGGCGGUUGUCAAGAUUUUAAACAAAAUGUCAACAAAGAAACAAAAUCCGAAGAAUCUAUGGAAGAUCAAGCACAACCAGAAAAUCAAGCGCCGUUUACGCUUUUGGGUCUCGAUAAACGAAUAAAAACAGAAAGCGAACCGUCAUGGACAGGUUCAGAACAAAGUCUAUUUCGAGCUCUUCAUAAGGCUUUCCCUGGUAAUCCAUGUGCAUUAGCGCAGAUUAUGUUGACUAAAACAUGUCAGGAAGUAUAUCAAUUUGCACAAAAAGAAGCAUCAGAUAUUCCAGCAGUAGAAAAUUUGAAGGACUUUACACCACCACGGAAGAAAAAAAAGAAACAUCGUCUUUGGUCAAUGCAUUGUAGAAAAAUACAGCUGAAAAAAGAUUCUGGCGCCAAUCAUGUCCAUAAUUUUGCACCAUGCGAUCAUCCGGGAAGACAAUGCGAUAACUCAUGUCCAUGUAUACAAGCUCAAAACUUCUGUGAGAAGUUUUGCCAGUGUAGUAGCGAAUGUCAAAAUCGUUUUCCAGGAUGUAGGUGCAAAGCCCAAUGUAAUACGAAACAGUGUCCUUGCUACUUAGCUGUAAGAGAAUGUGAUCCAGAUUUAUGUCAGACAUGUGGUGCAGAUCAGUUUCAAAUUACCAAAAUAUCUUGCAAAAACGUUAGCGUUCAACGAGGUCUUCAUAAACAUCUUUUAAUGGCACCAUCCGAUGUAGCUGGUUGGGGAAUAUUUCUUAAAGAAUCUGCAGCAAAAAAUGAAUUUAUAUCAGAAUAUUGUGGUGAAAUUAUAAGUCAAGAUGAAGCUGAUAGACGAGGAAAAGUAUAUGAUAAAUAUAUGUGUAGUUUUCUCUUUAAUCUUAAUAAUGAUUUUGUCGUGGAUGCUACUCGAAAAGGAAAUAAAAUAAGAUUUGCUAAUCAUUCAAUAAAUCCUAAUUGUUACGCGAAAGUAAUGAUGGUAAAUGGUGAUCAUAGAAUAGGUAUUUUUGCAAAAAGAGCUAUUCAACCUGGCGAGGAAUUAUUUUUUGAUUAUAGAUAUGGACCAACAGAACAAUUAAAAUUUGUGGGUAUUGAACGUGAAAUGGAAUUUUUAUAAUAUGAAACGAAUCGUAUAUAAUAAUGAAUAAAAGAGUAAAGCGAAAAAAAGAAAUAGAUAAAUAACAGAAAAAGAAAUAUAAAAAAAUAUAAAUGAAAUAUUUCCCAUAUUGGGUACCUGAUACGAAUUCAUUGAACCAAUGUUAAAAAAAAAAAGAAAGAAAGAAAAAA